CCAUUAUUACUUCUUUCAAAGUUUUUUUUUUAAAAAAAAAAAGUGGUCCCAAAUUCUAAUAGUUCUAUACAUUGCAUAAUAUAUCUUCUUGCCUAGUUUCUCCAUUUCGUCUCCUAGCUUGGAUCAGACUUACCAGCUGCCACAAAGGAAACAAAAAUAUCAAAUAUGGAGAAGUCAGUUUCUUCUCUGCACAUAGCAAUGUACCCUUGGUUUGCUUUCGGCCACAUUAACCCAUAUAUCCAACUCUCGAACAAACUAGCUCAAAAAGGCCACACAAUCUCUUUCAUGAUCCCACCCAAAACCAAAUCCAAGGUAGAGCAUUUGAAUCGCUACCCAGAUCUCAUAACCUUCUAUCCAAUCACAAUUCCCCACGUGGACGGUCUUCCUUCCGGAGCUGAGACCACCAAUGAUGUGUCUUCUUCCUCAAUCUCUCUAAUCAUGACCGCCAUGGACAGAACAGAAAACGACAUCGAACUACUCCUACGACAACUCAAACCCCACUUCAUCCUUUUCGAUUUUGCUUACUGGAUUCCCAAGUUGGCUCGCCGCUUGGGCAUCAAAUCCAUGUAUUACUCGGUGGUGAGUCCUGCUCAAGCAGCUUACAAUGUAUCUCCUACCACUAACCACAACCUCAAGGGAAAGCAAGUUACUGAGACUGACUUGAUGCAACCUCCACCGGGCUAUCCAGAUUCAUCGAUUCACCUUCAUUUUCAUGAGGCACGGGACUCUCUUUUCGUGAGAAAUGUCAAGCAUGAUGGCAGCAUUCUCCUAUACGAUCGCUUGUUUAUAGGCCUAACCGACUGUGAUGUGAUAGGGUACAGGGCUUGUAGAGAAAUCGAUGGCCCAUUUGCGGAUUAUCUUGAAAAAGAGUUUGGGAAACCUCUUUUACUUUCAGGACCGCUUAUACCUGACACACCAAGCUAUUCUCUAGAGCACAAAUGGGUUGACUUUCUAGGUCAGUUCACACCUGGCUCUGUAAUAUACUGUGGUUUUGGAAGUGAGGUGAUAUUGAGCAAAGACCGAUUCCAAGAGCUGUUGCUGGGAUUGGAGCUUUCUGGGUUGCCAUUUUUGGCUGCUUUGAGAACGCCUUUAGAAGUUGGCUCCAUUGAGGAAGCUUUACCAGAAGGGUUUAAGGAGCGAAUUGGAGGAAAAGGAGUGGUUUAUGGGGGUUGGAUUCAACAACCACAAAUCUUGAAGCAUCCAUCUAUUGGGUGCUUUGUUACUCAUUGUGGAUGGGCUUCAUUAAUAGAGGCAUUGGCGAAUAAAUGUCAGCUGGUGUUGUUGCCCAAAAGAUUUGAUCAUUUUCUUAGUGCGAGGCUCAUGGGAAACAGAUUGAAGGUUGGUGUUGAAGUGGAGAAAAGUGAAGAAGAAGGGUUGUUUACUAGAGAGAGUGUCUGCAAAGCAAUUAAGACUGUCAUGGAGGAAGACAAUGAGGUUGGUCAAAAGGUCAAGGCCAACCUUACCAAGUUACGACAGCAGAUUCAUCGCCAAGAUUUCGAGUCUUCUUAUAUUGAUAAUUUCAGUCACAAGCUCAAGACUCUAGUGGCAUGAAUAUUAUAUAUAUUAGCCUAUGACGACUUUUUCGGAUGGCUACGUGUGCGUGGAAUGUGCUUUAAGAAUCAUUUUAAUUUCUCUGUUUUACUGUUGAAAUUCCAGUCCAAGUUGUUAUUAUGGAAUCUAAAAGUAUCGUGGUUACAAUUCUUAUUAUUAAUAAUUGCAUGCUACUGUUUACUGGUUUUAGAUCA